CUUCUGACAAGCAUGUCAGUUUGCCGAGCUGGGUAACGUCAGCUUGUGACCUUAGUGGGGGCGUCAAGGUGAUUGAAUAAGGCUAUGGCUUGCUAAGCUGGUCUGGAGGUUGCAUGUUGCUGGCUUGCCCACUCCAAGUUAGGAGUUGGUCCAUGGGACCUUUGCGAAGGCAUGGGUUUCCUGGUUCCUAGACUGGAGGGAACAGCGUGAGGCUGGUUUCACAGAGCAGCGACCACCUCCGGCUCUUGACAGUGGAGGGAUAACAGGCUGCUGCACCUCCAUUCCUAAUCGAGCUUGGUGAGCCUUGCUCUUGAACAAUCACUUUUUUUAUUAAUCUCUCUGUUUUAAUGCAAACUGAGUGCCAAGAUAUGGAUCGAGUUUCAAUACCGGGCAACAUAAUUCUAAUCUAUACAUAUACAUUUUUGCUCUGACAAAACAUUGCUUUAUAUUAUAACACAAGAUGGAACUAACAGCAUAGAAAAUGGUGCAUAUUUGGGAACACUGCAUAAUCAUCGCCACCAACAUAUUAGUAUCAGAACAUGAAGAUUCCUCCUGUCCUUAAUCUGACCUGUUCUAGGCAGACAAUCAUAACACUCAAAAGUCAAUUAUGUUACUAAAUAACUCCUCUCAUGCUCCAGACAAAAGCUCCCAUUACAAAUGCAUCCAUCACACACCGUCAACUAUUAUAUUCUCAAUAUGUGCCAUUUUGCAAUCUGCCAUGUGAUUCCCAACUUAUAAAUAAAAAACUUGUGGGAUGAGUUGGAUGCUUGGAAAGCGUUUGAAGUGAUGAUGCUGAUAUCCCAAUCAAUAUGAUAGAAUUGCAUACUCAUUAGGUGACAUUUGGGGAAAAAAAAUGAUUCCUUGUCUCCCAUAAUGUAUAACUUCACUUCCUAUAUAUAAAUCAAAAGCCAACCACGAGAAAUCGGGCUUCCAAUAACUCUCUGCAAAUUACUUUCUAAAGUAUCUGUUUCUCAAGAGGAAAAAAUGGUACCUAUUGAAAAGAAAACACAAAGUUCUCUGCAUCAUCGCAGUACCAGUUUUCCCUCAGCAGCUCACCCUCUUGUAUCACAAUUUGAGGAGCAUUUACAAAAAUUGAGGGGUUCUGAGUCCACUUCACCAUCAUCAUCGUCUUCAGUGAGCCACAAACUCAGUGAAAUGCAGGAUUUGCAUGACUGCAUUGACCAGUUGCUUCAAUUGCCAUUGGAACAGCAAGCUUUAGUGCGACAAUGCGAUGGCAAGUGGGUUGAUGACUUACUGGAGGGGUCUCUCAGGCUCUUGGAUAUCUGUACUACUGCUAAAGAUUUCCUUCUGAAAUCAAAGGAAAUUCAAAAGACCCUGAAAAGUUUGAAGCACAAAAACAACAACACUUCAAGUACGCUUAGCUUCUUAGAUGAAGCGGAAACAAUUACGCUGAGCUCACUGGAACAUUUGUUAAUGUUUAUCUCUGGCCAAAAAGGACACUCAAAACCCAGCAGAUGGUCAGCAAUAUCCAAUUUGAUGAAGCCUAAAAGAGAAGUUUGUGACUCUCAAGAAUCAAACACAAAUGAAUUUCAAAAGGUGGAUGCAGCCUUGCAGUCUCUCCUCAGUCACAAGCUUUCAUCUAUUGAGAAUUUUCGCAGUGAUAUGGAAAAUUUGGAGCUAUGCAUAUAUGAUCUCGAAAUAGGCGUUGAUCACCUCUCAAGAAAAUUAAUCAGAAACAGAGUUUCCCUUCUCAACAUCUUCAACCACUAAUCCUAGUAUCUACUUGAUUUUUGUGCACUCAAUUUUCCCCCACGAGUGUCACAAUUGUACAUGAAUGUGAUUACAUUUGUUUAUAAUGUAUUAAAUACAUAUCGAUUGAGGAUCAAACUAAUGUUACUUCAACAUCUACAUCUUUUUAAUGAAAGUAAAGAAUC